UUAGAAAAUGAAGUGUGUCUGUCUUGUAGGUCUUCUCAUACUCUCCCGCCAUGAGGAAUCAUUCACUUGUACUUAAUCAUAUCAUGUUUCAUGCCGCAAGAAGAACCGGUUCGUCGCAGUUAGAUAUUUAACAGGAACAAAGUUUCACAUAUUGGCAACUCUAAACAUGAUUACUGAAAGGACUUUUUUGCUAAAAAAUCAAGUGAAUUCGGGACUUACUGUAUUGUUUGCGACUUUGUGCAUCAUAGAUAUUUUUGGAGUGUUUCCUAUCAUUGCACUACCUCAUGCAAUUAUUCAGUGUGGACUCUUGGGUAUUCCUCUAGUGAUGGUUGUCAUUUUUCUUCAAAUUUAUACAGCAUCAUUAUUAGGAAAAUCAUGGAUUAUCGCCACUUAUUUAGAUCCUCAAAUAGCAAGAAAAAAUCGAUAUCCUUUAGCAGCCGUUACAGAAUUAACUUUAGGAAGAAAAAUGCGAACAUUAGUGACAUUUCUUUUAGAUUUAACUGUUUUUGGUUGUGGAAUUCCAAAUCUUUUAGUUGCAUCUCAAAAUCUCCAACUGUUCGGAUUGAAAGUUUCCAAUAAUCAAUUUGAUUUGUCUUUUUGCUAUUGGUUGCUUGUUGUUGGAGUGCUAUUGUGUCCGUUAAUGUGGCUAGGAAGCCCUCGAGAUAUGAAAUCUUUAGCAACAUGCUCUACAUUAGCAGUUAUAACUACAUCAAUAUUAAUAUGGUGGGGAAUAAUUACGGAUGAUAGAACUCUUGAAACUAUUCCUGUACCCACAGCACCAACGUGGGACAAAUUUAUAUCAGGAUAUGGCAUGUUAGCAUUUCAAUUUGAUGUCCAUCCAACUUUAAUGACUAUUCAAGUAGACAUGAAACGACCCAACGACAUAAAUAAAGCUGUUGUUUUAUCGUUUUUAUUUAGUGGUUUAUUAUUCGGAGUAACAGCAGGAUUAUCAGCGUGGAAAUAUCAAGGAAGUGUAACUGCUAAUAUCCUUCAAAUAUCACCUCCUGGACUUCCAAGUCGAGCUGCAAUACUUUUUUCUGCUUUGCAGCUCAUUUUUUCGAGCGUAAUAGGACAUGCUGCUCUUUUUUUACAUCUUGAAGAUCAACUCCACGUUCGAAGAACAUUUGGGUGGAAACGUUGUGCAAUGAGAUCAGCAGUAGUAUUUUUAGGAGUAGCAAUAGGUGAAUCUGUACCACGUUUUGAUAUUGUAAUGGCUUUGAUUGGUGGAACUCUCACUGGACCACUUGUUUUUAUUCUACCUCCAAUUAUGUAUGCUCGAGCUAAACGUCUGAAAGAAACAAUAAGCAAUCGAAUAGCAACACCUGAAAUAUUUUCUGCUACUGAACGACGUUAUGGUGAAGAUUUGGUUUCUGACCCUAGAGCACAUUCACAGUCUAUUUACUACGACCUCCUUUCUGAAAAUGAAGACAACGAAGAAAAGAGUGACGACAAUAAUUAUAAUGAUAAUAAGCUUAUAAUUGAACAAAAUGCAGAAGCAACGACUUCAUUCAUAGAUGCUACACAACCAGAGAAAUUAUAUAAGACAAAAACUACACAAUCAUUGAUUAAAGUGGAAGUAAACAGAUUUAAUUUAUUUUUUGAACAAUUGAUGAACUGGUUCGGUUAUUUUGUUGUUAUAAUAGGAAUUCUUAUCACAAUUUCUUCCACAUAUAUCAAUAUAAAAAAUACUAUCAAGUUUGUGAAAUUUACACCACCAUGUAUUAUCAAUGCUUCCGCUCAAAUGUUUUAA